AGAAGGUCGCGCUGCGAAGCUCGCAGUGCGCAAGCGCGCUGUUCUGCCUCCAACAACAAGAAGCAGGAGCCAGGCAACAUGGCCGACCUGGGGAAGAAGUACUGCGUUUACUGCCUUGCAGAUGUUACAAACCUGCGGCUUCGCUGCACCGACUGCCCCGAUAUCGAGCUGUGUCCGGAGUGUUUCUCGGCGGGCGCAGAAAUCGGUAAUCACCGGAGAUGGCACGGCUACCAGCAGGUCGACGGCGGUCGGUUCACUCUCUGGGGUCCCGACGCAGAGGGAGGAUGGACCAGCAGGGAAGAGCAGUCGCUACUCGAUGCUAUCGAGCAAUAUGGAUUUGGAAACUGGGAGGACAUGGCUGCUCACGUUGGAGCAUCCCGAACGCCUCAGGAAGUCAUGGAACACUAUGUCACCAUGUACAUUCACGGAAACCUGGGCAAGGCCUGCAUCCCUGACAACAUUCCCAACCGGGUAACAGACCACACCUGCCCAAGCGGGGGGCCCCUGUCGCCGAGCCUCACCACCCCGCUGCCUCCGCUGGACAUCAGCCUGGCUGAGCAGCAGCAGCUGGGCUACAUGCCCCUACGGGAUGACUACGAGAUUGAAUAUGACCAGGACGCAGAGAAGCUCAUCAGCGGGCUGUCUGUGAACUACGACGACGAGGAUGUAGAAAUUGAAAUGAAACGUGCCCACGUGGACAUGUAUGUGCGUAAGCUCAGAGAACGCCAGCGACGUAAGAACAUCGCCCGAGACUACAACCUGGUGCCUGCAUUCCUGGGCCGAGACAAGAAAGACAAGGAGAAGGAGAAACCAGGAGCACUGGGAGUCCUAGGCACUGUUGGUGGUGUGGGUGGAGCAGCAGCUGGCGGUGGCACUGUUGGAUCAGGCUCUACGACAGCAGCAGGAUCAGGCCCUGUUCCCAGUACGCCCAAAAGAAAGAUCACCAAGGAAGAGAAGGAACAGCGGGUCAGACUGCGGGGGCUCUGCCAGUUCAUGGCCACACGGGAGUUUGAAGACUUCUUUGAGAACAUGCAUAAAGAGCGCAUGCUCAGGGCCAAGGUGCGCGAGCUGCAGCGCUACCGCCGCAACGGCAUUGCACGCCUGGAGGAGACGGCUGAAUAUGAAGCGGCGCGCCACAAACGGGAGAAACGCAAGGAGAACAAAAGCGUGGUCACCUCCAAACGGGGCAGCGGAGGAGGGGGCGGGUUUGGCUCAGGGAUGGGACUCGGGGUUGGAGCUGGAGGGGGAGGAGGCAUUGCUGGAGGACUGGGGGUUGGAGGUGGGAUCAAAGAAGAGGGAAAAGAUGGUGAGUUUGCCGCCAUCGAGAAUCUAACAGGCUUUGAGUUGCUGUCGGACAGGGAGAAGGUGCUGUGUAACUCUCUGAAUCUCAGCCCAGCACGCUACCUGACUGUCAAAACCAUCAUCAUCAAAGAUCACCUACAGAAAAGGCAAGGCAUCCCGGCCAAGAGCCGGCUGCCCAGCUACCUGGACAAGGUCCUCAAGAAGCGCAUUCUCACCUUUCUCACAGAAAGUGGCUGGAUAUCCCGAGACGCCUCUUAGCAAUCCAUCUUGGGUCAGGAAGUAAGAAGUUGAUGAUUGCUGAUAUCUUAUUUGCUAUAAGCUCUGUAGGCAGGACAAAACUACUGGCUUUUUUUUCUCAAAAGUGAUCUUGUGAAUAUGUACAUUGCAAAGAAAGAGGAUGCCCCACUGGAAAAAAUAUAUAUUUUCAUAUCAGGGCUAGGAGCAAAAAUAAGCCUUUAUUUUUACAUUUGGAAAGAGAUGGGGCUGAAAAACAACUCAGUGGGUUCAAAGUACGUUUGUCCAUAUUGUUACUGCAUGAAUGAGAACUACAAUGCUAACAAGUUAUACAUAGUGGCAAAGAUAUUUUAGUGUUAUUGCAUCAGGUGCGUUGAACACUGACAGGGCAGAAUGCUGAAAAGAAGGAAAUAAGACCAUAACAUUUCUUGGAAACCUGACAUUUCCUGGACUGUAUAAGAGUAGUAAUUGUUAAGACAAAUGUUUGACAGCAUGGAACCAAUGGGUGACAGAAAUGGUCACUGUCUUUGUUAACUGUUUUACCAUUUAAAGCUGGACUUUAUAGAAAGAGCUAGCUGAAUUUUCUAACAUUUUAAAGGCCUUAAUUCCUAGAAAUUGACGUGCGUCUUCAGUAAACUCUCAAUUUUCUGACUUGUUUUUUUUCCUUCUUACUGCCUACAAGAGAAGGAAAAGAAAAAGCAGCAGGGUCCAACCAUCAUCUAGCUUUUCUUGCUACUGCCUGAAGGCAAUUUGUAUCAGGGUCCGACACAGGGGUUGAUACACCGAUAUAUCUGCUGAUGUUAGCUUAUCACUGCUAUAUCAGUAUUGACACAUAUGUCAGCCAAUAAGCAACAAGAAAUAUAAGUAAAGAAAUGCCAAAGAAUAUUAAAAAUAUCAUUUAGAGACAGUGUUGUCAUUACACACUCUGUCCACCAGAGAGUGCUGCUGGCAAGUUAAUUUUUCAGUUGUAAAACGUCUGAAGCAGUACAUCUCCAGGUUACAAUUCGUUAAUAACCAAAUUUAAAGGAUCCAUAUCAUAAUAAAUAUUCAUUUGUUAUGUUUAUGGUAUAAAAAACGAAUAUCUGCUGAUGUAUUGUAUUUUAAAGCCCAUGAAAAUGUUGCUUUAAAAUAUCCAUGCUAAAUAAACAACAAUCCAGGUUAAACGACAUCUUUAGCUAUUAUUUAUUUUGUUAUUUUAACACUUAAAAACCCAGCUAAUCUGCUUCAUCAGGACUGUUGUUCGAUUUAAUCAGAUUUGAUCAACAGUAACCAGUAACAACCCACCUUCAUGAUUAGAUUGAACUUUUGGUAAAUCCUGAUUGGUGCUCACAGGUAUCAUUCUAAAUUAGCACUGCCCAAUUUCAACCAGAGAGACGUGACAUUACCAAAACUGUUUUAAUCUUCAUAGAAAGUAGUGAGUUCAUGUAGGAUCCCGUUACUCAUCAAAGUUGACUGAGAAAAGAACUUUUCAUGGCGUUUGAAUAUCUAUAUCUAUUUGUUUCAAAAAUCCUGUAUUUUAUUUAUUCAGUCUCUCUUUCAAACACAGUGCAGGCUAAUUUUAAACGAUGUCCGAGCGCUGCUUGCACAGACAGACAGAAUUUGUGGCUGAGAUGACGCACGUCAUGGCAUCAUGCCGGAAAAGGGGGCGAAAAUAAGCGAGUCGCCCAGGUGUCAUGCUUCCAGCACUGCUGAUCGGAGCUGGAGCCGAUAAAUAUCCACAAUUUGUCCCGGGAGUGAAUGGCGAUUGUAACCUUUCCCACUGAACACAAAGGCGUGUGAGCUAUUUGGCCAGUGAGAACAGGGCACAUGUGUUGAAGGCAGAACCUGACAGUAGCACUGGUGGCUCAUUCUCAUCUUCUAGCUUUUUCUGCAAGCCGAGCUAAAUGGUGUUGAUCCCGCUAUUUAAAUGAAAAAUGAAGUUAUUAAACUGGCUGUCGUUUCACGUCAGCAGCUCUGAAAUCACAGAGAAGAAAGGCAUGUGAAUGUAACCUAAGCUAAAAUAUAUGCUAGAUUCAGAUCUUUUCCUUCUCACGGCAAUGGUAACUGUUGGAAAAUUGGCCUUUUGGGGGGUAAAUACAAGCCAUGAGUAGCAUUUGAUCUGUAGCAGUGGUUAGUCAUUGCCCUAAAACUUCUUUUUGAUGACCACUUUUUUUGUGGUCACCAAAAAAAGGCGUGGCCUCCCCUUCAUUGUACAACUUGAGUUUCUUCAACUGUGGAGAAUGAUAACGUUUUGUUAUGAUCACUAACUUAUCAGGCGUAGUCAUAUCCCAUUAAUGUGGUGCUCCAAACUAUGUACCAUUCUAGUCAUACACUACAAUUUUAUUUAAAGUAUAACUUUGGUCAAAUGUUUAUUAUCAACAAAUCCCAUGAAAAGACCAAAACCAUCAAUGAAUUGAUUCUACCAUCAAACUAUCUAAUAUUGUGGGUAUCCAAAGCCUAAUAUAUCCUUUUCCUUUGUGUUCCAUGGUCAGUUAAAAUACAUCAAUGAGUCACACAGUUGCACUGGGUGAUAGAGCAGUCAAAACAGGCCAAUGCUAUUAUAAUUAAAUAUUUGGAUAUUCCUCCUAACAUACACAGGUUUGCAUGUAAAUGUCUACCGUAUUUGUGCACAUUAUUUCUAUUGAAAGCAAUUCUACUUGAAUAGGUGUAUUUAUUUUCGUAAGAAUAAUUUUUGGGAUUUUCCGCCUUUAACUUCUGAUAGGACAGUUAGUUGAGAAAGGGGGAAGACAUGCAGGAAAUCAUCACAGGUUGGAUUCGAACCCUGGACCUCUGCGUCAAUGCAUAAACAUCUCUGUCCAUGUGCGCCUGCUCUACCACUGAACCAACCUCUCCACACUGAAUAGGUAUAUUAAUUUUAAAAGAUCUACAUACAUACACACAGACCUCUCUCGCUCUUGGGAGCAAGCAGGAGGCAGGACUCUCACUUGUAAUUUGGUUGUAAACAACCAAGUCUCAUUAAAUUCCUUAAAAUUGUCCGAUGACUUUGGCAUCAGUCCUUACCAACAGAAGUUCCCAGAUCUCCUCUUCUCUCAAGUUAGACAUUUUCGUUGGCGUCUUUGCCGUGCAACGUUUAGGGAACAGCAGGUCAGACCCACGCCAGAACGCACAAGACAGAUGGUCGCUGCUUUUUCCCACAUUCAAAUGUACAUAUUUAAAUAUUCAAAUGGCUUAGUAUUUUUUUACAAUAUGUAGUCCCCAACAAAUGCAUAAUUUCCUCCUGUUUGAGUAACAUUUCUUAAAACCAGCAGUGAGCAGCUGUUUCACGGAGGUUAUUGACAUCUUGCGUAGGAACCAAUGGGCAGCUGGACGUUGGGAAGUAUUAAGAAUUUGUUGUUUUAAUCUGUCUAUUUCUGGGCCUUAGUGGUACAUGAUUUGGAGAACCGUUGACCCAAAGUAUGUGGAAAACAUUUAUCUUUCCAACAUUCAUAGUGGGUCAUAUCCAGUACAUAGACUUGUUUUUUAGGCCACUGCAGUUGCAUAGUUAACCAUAGAGUAAUCCAUAGCUUACAUGUUCUGAUUGGAAUUUGAGGUAUUAGUCAACUGUAGUGGUUUAUUGAAGGGGCCGAUUGAGCAACAGGCCGGUCAUUGUAUGUUGAAGCUGAGGAGAAGAUGUGAGAAUCAUAAUGGUAUCGGUAUAACAGGGGUCAGGUCAGCUUAAAAGGCCAAAAUGCUAUCUGAACCAGAAUGUUCUUAUAAAUCAAACAGCGAUCAUGUAGACUGAUGGUUCUCCUUUAUUUGAAUGUCAGCUUACGUUUCUUCCUUUUAGAUAACCUGUAGACUAUGUUUUUUGUUUGUUUUUAUGGACUGCUUUUCAGAUUUUGACAGUAGUGUUGUUUUGCGUGUGCAACGAAAUGUUCCACAAUAGUGUGUUUUGCUGUAAAUGUUUUAAAGGAAAAUACGGCAAUUUGAUGGGGGUUUUUUUCAGUGGGAGAAUAUUUGUACAGGGGGGGUUUUGCAUACUUUGUCACCAACUGUAGAUAAUUUUGUAAGAUAAAUUGGAAAAAGAAAGUAUAAUUACUGACCUGUAAAAUGUACAGUUAUUUUGUCUCAUGGAAAUGUUUAUAGCUUUUGUAAUAAAAACAAAAACGAUUUUGGAUUUCAAAGAAGAAGCAUUUGUGAUGGCAUGCUGUUGUGCCGUCUUUAAUCUUGUUACCGGUCUUAUACCGUUGAGCUGUUUUGAUGUCCCGUUAUUUUGUUAUUACACAUAAGGUAUGUAUGGAGAUGUAUUAAAAGUGCAAAAACGUUA